AUGUAUACAACCGAAAUGCUGAAAUCUAUGUGUCUUCUGGGCUCCCUCCAGUACCAGCGGAAAGGAAGAGAGCAGUGUGUUGGUCCAAAGAUAAUAGACUACAAAAUGGAUGAAAGUUCUGAAGUUCCAAUCUUAGAAGAUACGUCAUCAUCCCCAGUAGAUGUCCAGCAGUGUUGGCAGGUUUCCACAGACAUUGACAACACGGAGAGAGACAUGAGGGAAAUGAAAAACCUCUUAAGCAAACUCAGGGAGACCAUGCCUUUGCCAUUAAAAAACCAAGACGACAGUAGCCUCCUCAACUUAACACCAUAUCCACUUGUCAGAAGAAGAAAGAGAAGAUUCUUUGGAUUGUGUUGCCUCAUCAGCAGUUAA